GGUCCCUGGUAAGUGCUCAGCUCACCACCGUCUUGUAUACUGCUGUGUACGGUGUUUAGGGUUGUAGAGAGAGCAUCAAAGCAUGGGGAGAGCCAUUACUAAGAGCAUGAUCAGGAGGAUGAUGAUGACGACGACGAAGAACAGCGCUGUUGGUCACUUCCUCCGACGGACCUCAACCCCUCACUUGAACAGCUCUUCUCUCUUCCAUUUACAUAACCCAUCUUCUCUCACUCAUCACGUUGUUCAACAAAAAUCCCAUCUUUGCUCCUUUUCCUCUGAUCCCCGUCGGUUUUUCAGCAUUGGCUUCUCUGACGAUGUUCGAGGUUUGUCUAUUUCAAAAUUUGCAGAUGAGGCAAGUGAAGAAGGAGAAACCACUGAUGAUGGAUGGGAAGAAGAAGACGAUUCUGAGCCUAUGAUUGGUGAUGGGGGUGAUGGCGGUGGAGUUGCCUUGCGUAAUGUUCCCUGGGGCCAGCGGGCGCUCUCUGUUGCCAAGGAUAUCCUUAAGGAGUUUAAUGAGGACAUUGAACUAUAUGCUUUCAAGACUAGUCCUCGAGGAUAUGUUUAUGUGAGAUUAGACAAAUUAACAAAUGAAUAUGGCUGUCCAAGCAUGGAAGAGCUUGAACGAUAUAAUCAAGAAUACAAGAAAAGAUUAGAUGAGGUUGGAGCACUUGGAGAGAUACCUGAUGAUUUGGCACUUGAGGUUUCAUCCCCAGGUGCUGAGAGGAUACUAAAAGUGCCAGAUGAUCUUAAUCGUUUCCAAGACAUGCCCAUGAGAGUCCACUAUACGGAAAAUACAGAAUCCAAUAGCACAGAAGAGGAUGGAGUUUUCUUGUUAGAGUCUAUAGAGAAAGAAUCAGAGGUAUGUGUGUGGAAGCUGGCAGAUGUUAAAGAGAACAGAGACCCUCUCAGAAAAGGCAAGCCUUUAAGUCGAAAACAGAAGGAUUGGCGAUUAGAAUUGCCGUUUAACAUGCAUAGAAUGGUAACCCUGUAUCUUGAUUAAUUCUUAAAUCUUUUUGCUACCUACAUUUAAAAAACUAGAUAUGACAUUUGGAAGUAGUUUUGGAGGAAAAAAUGUAGUUCUUUUCUGAGUUAACUUUUCAGCACAGUACUAGGUGAUGUUCUGGUUUUAUUAAACUUUAAAUUAAUUGAAUAUAAAUACCUGUUAAUUUGGACA